GACAAUACACUGUUUAAAGAAACAUCAAAUUAAUUAAUAUUUGUACCAUUUCAUGUUUCUGUAAACAGCAUCCACUGAGUGCGUAAAGACUCUAGAUUCCCUGUAUGAGUUUUUUUCUGCCGUGUGUGUGUGCGCGCGCGUGUUGACAUCACAGAUGGGAUUGGCUCGCCCUGGCUAGGGUGGAGAGUUUCUUCUACAGGCUACAGAGGGAGAAGAGAAGAGUGAGGGACCGAAGGAAUAGUUCCAAACAGUCACGGAGCCCUGCACAGGGCCACCUCCGCUUAGAGUGAGCCACGCCCCGGGUGACAGGAUAGACUAUGGAGCCCUCAAGUGCCUAAAGUCCUGUUAUGGAAUAGACUGGAUGGACUGUGAAGAGGAGUUUUAGAGAGGUAACAGUUUAACAAGAUGAAAUUUGGGAAAAGCAUCUGCGUGCUCAACGUAGGGGGGACCCGGUACGCCUUCAGUCGUGAGGUGAUCAGGGAUUUCCCUCUCCGGCGCGUCAGCCGCCUGCAUGCCUGCGCAACUGAGAAAGAGGUCCUGGAACUGUGCGAUGACUACGACAGGGACCGUAAUGAGUUUUUCUUCGACCGACACGCACAGGCUUUUGUGUUCAUCAUGUUGUACGUGCGCUCAGGUAAACUCCGCUUUGUCCCCGGAGUGUGUGAGCUGUCCUUCUACACAGAGAUGCUCUACUGGGGGUUGGAGAGCGCGCACUUGGACUCUUGUUGCCAGAAACGCCUUGAUGACAGGAUGUCCGAGAUCGGACUAGACAGUCUGUCCGAGGGGAAUAUCAGAUUAUCGGACGAUGAAUCUCAGAGCCCGGCCGAUUCGGUGCAACGGACUGCGCUCAGUGGUCGCGCUAGAUGGCUUGAGAAGAUGCGCAAAGCAUUUGAGGAGCCCAACUCCUCACUUGCGGCACAGCUUUUGGCUUCAGUGUCUGUGAUCUUUGUGAUCGUUUCUAUGAUAAUGCUGUGUGCUAGCACUUUGCCUGACUGGGAUACAGCCAAGAGAAAUACUGUGGAGGAGCACAGGAUAGUGGAGGCAGUGUGUAUUGGUUGGUUCACAGCAGAGUGCAUAGUCCGCUUUCUGGUGGCCAGAGACAAGUGGGACUUCCUCCGCCGGCCGCUGAACAUCAUUGAUGUGAUUGCCAUCACCCCCUACUAUGUCACCAUGGCGAUGGCCCGUGCAGGGAUCCCAGGUGCCGGGCUUGGGGUGGCUGGGGUGAUACUGCGGGUGCUGAGGAUGAUGCGAGUGUUAUGGCUCAUGAAGCUGGCCAGACACUUCCUGGGCCUGCAGACACUGGGGCUGACACUCCGGCGCUGCUACCGGGAGAUGAUCAUGCUGAUGGUUUUUGUCUGUGUCGCCAUGGCAAUAUACAGCGCUCUGGCCCAACUGCUGGAGCAUGGCUUGGACUUGGGCAUACAGAACCAAGAUUAUGCCAGCAUCCCAGCAGCCGCCUGGUGGGUCAUUAUCUCCAUGACAACAGUGGGGUACGGGGAUGUGUACCCUGUGACAAUUGGAGGACGGGUGCUCGGGGGAAUGUGUGUAGUGAGUGGCAUUGUUCUCCUGGCACUACCUAUUACAUUCAUCUACCACAGUUUUGUACAGUGCUACCAUGAACUCAAACUCCGCUCUGCCAGGUACGCACGCAGCCUGUCAGCAGAGAUACUGCAGUGAACAUGCAUUUAUAUCAAAACACCUAUAGCCUACAUCAGAAAGAAACUCAAGAAACUGGUGAACCUGCUGAUCCCACUGUGAAAUAAUGAUCAGCUGUGUGCCCUGCCCUUCUUUCUGCGUGAGCCACACCUGAUUUUAUUUCGCCUGUCUAAUUCCUGGCUUACUGAUGAUCUCCAGUCAUCAUGCUCAACCAGCUUGCUCUGCGCCUGUCUCCUUAACAACACCAUUUGAACAGAAGAAUAAGACUGCACACAAUUUAUUAUUUAUUAAAAACACCCAGGAGCAGUCAGUCCAGUUUUGACAGUGGCUGCUGUUUACACUGUAUUCCCAUGGUUACAACUUUGGCAGAGAUGGCUGCUUUUUUCUAUGCUGCAGCAAGUGCUGUGUGUGUCUGUUUGUCUGGCUAUCAGCCUUUCACUUUGUCGAAGCUUUGCACCCAGAUGGUACAAGUUACACAAGAUUGAUGUGUGACCUAGAUGCAUUCUGUUAAACCUGUGAAAUAUAGAGAAGUGAGCAAGUGAGUCCAAAGUGGGGACAAUGAAGUGGUACUGUACACAGAGAGCUUUAGUGUGUAUGAGUGGCAUAAGCCAGAGAUAAUGAAAUAUGGAGACAGGUCAGCAAGGACCACAAUGUGGCAGACAAAUAAAGGUGCAGCAAGAGUGUGAAAUGCAGGCUAAAAGAUAAUGACAAAAUGACAGACUCUGGAGCAAGCCUGAGCACAAAGACUGAAUAGACUGAGUGUGUAACGCUUCUUCUUUGGUGAGUGAUUGUAAGGCAUUUUGUAUUUCUGUGUCUCCAAGGCAACCUCAUCCUCCAACAUGCCAAUCAUAAUAGUGGUUGAUUUGUGUGCACACAAAUAGGCCACAUCCACACACACGUUGUAGUUGGCAUGCAGCAUUUUGUCCUGCGAUUAUUUGGAUUACCAUAUCACAAUAUGACAAAAAAAAAAAAAAAAUAGCAAGAGUGUGGAAAAAAAUAAAGGCUAUGACAGAUGAUGGUUCUGAUUCAUGAUUCAAACAUGUUUGCACUGUCCGUAGUUUCUCAAGAUGACAUGAUUUCUUGAAGAGACACAUGAUCCAAACAAACAAGUCAACACCUCUCCCACACAACAGUCUUUCUCUGCAUCUCUUCUCCCUUUCCUCUGUUGCCAUCAACCGGCCUCCUUUUACACACACAUGCAUGCACAUAUCUAGAUUCUGCUCUUUUCUUUCAAAUGCAAUUAACCAAUUAAUGAGUCUGUUCAUUAAAAUGUUCUUAAAAUUAAAGUCUACGCUUGUUAUUUCCUCAUUAACCUUGCAGCUUUGUGUGAGUUUAGCAGACAGUACAUAGCUCAGUAUCCUUGUUGUUGUGUUAUUAAUGUGCAUUUUAAAGUAGUAUUACAGUCACAAAAAGAAAGGUAAUAUUUUAUUACCUAGCUUACAAGACAUAUUACUAAAUUAAUGUAGCACAGUUUAUAGCCCAGCGAGCUCUGGC